CACGCAUUCAACUUCACUACUCCAAAAAAUUUUAUUUGUCAACGAAAAAAUUAUAUUUUUGUACGAUUGAUUGUUUUUAAAGGGAAAUUGCAAAAUUUUAGAGCAGGGGAUUCGAAAAAGACUGCAAAUCUUGUAAAAGUUGGCAAAAGUUCCGUGAGUUUGCCAUCGCCGCGCGAGAGAGUUUCAUAAGAAUGUCACGACGGCGACGAUAAAAAUCCAAUCAACCGAGAAUCAAGAAAAGUUUACAGUUCUGUUGAUAAAUAGCUCUCAUCUAAUCUGAACAGUGUGUGAUAAAUUCAAACGAAUUUCGUUAGUUGUUUGAUACAAUUUUUGCUGUUGAAAUCCAGUUGCGGCGCAGAGAGAAAUGGAUAUUCUGGAUAUUGAUGAGGUUCUCAAGGAUGAUUCAUUUUGCUUGAUUGAGGAGGAAAGUGAGCAGGACGACAUAAAUAAUAUAUUGCGACAGUGGCGACAAAAUGGGUGCAAUGGUCCCAAUGGUCCAGAUGGCAAAUUGGAUACCCGCACAUUCACCCGACCGAAACGUCGGUCCGCUCAGAAUUUGGAUCCAAACUUUGCUUUGGCUUCAAGAUCAGCAGACAAUACUGGUUCGAACAUUCAUUUGAAAGUUGGUGGCCUGGUCACAAGUCAAAUGCAAAAAAGUUUUCUCAUGGAUACAUCGCCACCAAGUUCGAUAUCAUCAUCAGUAGAUGCAUCAUCGAUAGAUCGUAUGGGAAAUAGCUUAAUAACUAGUGGUGAUUUCACAAAUGUUAGCUUCUUUAAAACAACAGACGUGGAAGAUGUUCUGUCGGGCGCACAAAUUGCUGGUUACAAUUUCGAUAAUGUGAUAGAAGAUUGCAAGACCCUAGAAAGGCUAAGCUUAUCAGGAGACAGUGCAAUAAUAAAAGAUUGCAACAUUGCUCAAAUCGAUGAAAUUACCUACCUAAGUAAGACCAAUUCUGGCAACAGUACAAUGCAUAAUUCAACAGAGAGUACGGCCAGCUGCCUCAAUGACACCUUCUCAAUGCUCAAUCAAACAGCGAUAGAGAACGGAGUUGCACUAUCAGAAUCAGACACUCUUCAAUCGAAAAAUGGCUUGAACGAAACAUUCAUCAAUAAAACAGUCAAUAUGCCGCUAGAUGAUCUAAUAUGUAACACAACCAUGACACUAAUAGAUAGUACCCAUAUAGUUCAAACAGCAGCACCUGAAACAGAGGGCAAUGCAAAUGCGACUUUCGGAAAAGAUAACAUCGAAACACAUAAUGAAACCUUUUCGAAAAAGGAUAUUCUCAAUUCUACGUUUAAUAAUCCAAAUGGUUGCCCUUCCACAAUUAUGAACCGUACAUACUACAAAGAACUAGACGGAAACAAAACAUUUGAUCUCCUCGAGAGUUCCGGAACGAACGUUCUUGAAGACGACGGAAAUUUCGACUCGCCCGUUGAAUUGCCACCUAUCAAAAUGAAUGGCACUAUUCAGUCCACACCACACAGAAACGUCUCAUCAGUUUUGCCUUCAUCGUUAGUUAGUCAAACUCCUUCUAUGAAACGUAUUAUUCAAGAUGUAAACAUAUCUCCAAUAGUACCUGCUAGAAACAAUGAAGUUUUAGACGACGAUUUUCAGUUACUCGACGAAACAAAGCCUUAUACUGAUGCGUCUAUUGACCAAUUAGAAAGAUACCUGGAAUCAUUAUCAGGCAAUUUCCCAAAUACGCAAGAACAAAUCGAGAAUUUCAAGACCGAGAAAGUACUUCAGAACGACUCUUUCACAAAACAAGAGUGUUUCGAGAAUGGUAUGGAAUUGCUGGCAGAUGAGAAGAACGAGGAAGAGUUUGAUGAUCUGCUGGAGAAAUUAGGUAGAAGUUCUUGUCUAGAGGAUAGCAUUAAAAUGCGUCAAUCAAUACACAACAUUAAGAAGAAACAUGCUUUGUUAUCACUGGAAAAAGGGCAUGAUCUGACUUGGAAAAGCAGUGAUAGCAGUGUGGAUCUGAAUCGUCUUCCCUCCGAUUCAAUGUGUAAAAGCUCUCUAUCAGCUUCCAGUAGUAGUGAACGCCUUUUGAGUCGAAGGAGCCGACUCUACGAUGACGUUCAAGUGAUGAAAUCAGGUUCUGAAAGUGCAAAUAAAACAAUAAUUGUAGAUGAUUCUAAAAAAGCAAUUGCAAAGACUGAUCCUUCAACCGUGUCCAAUUCUUCCUAUACUGUAGAAAGUAAGACUGAAAUGACGUCGCCUGUGGAAACGGUUGAAGAUUCCGGGAAAGGUGUCGAAGCCGCUAAGAAUGCCAAGACAAAACUGGAAAGGAAUCGAGACCCAGAACGUUUUAAGACAAUAAGAAUAUUCAAAAAGUCGACGGAUAGUGAAAUUGUAGUUCCAUGCAUCGAUUCAGAGAUUGAGGGCAACGAUCAGAACAUAGAGCAAGAUCAGAACGUGGAUACGACAAAUAGCGAGCAGCCUGUAGAGGUACACUCGACAAAUACAACAAUAACAGUAUUCAAUAACAACAAGUCCGAAAUGGAGCCGAAUAUUAUGUAUCAAACGUACAAAAAGCCGAAAAGUCUAAUGAAACCCCCAUCAAUAAACGAGCAAGCGACCUUUCAAACGACAAAUCGCGAAUUACCGAAACCACGAUCACUCUCUCGACCUAAAUAUUUUAGUGGAAUUGCAAGACGUGAUCCUGAUUUCAGUGCCGAUGCACUACCAAAAGCAAAUUCAGCUGGUGACAUUCAUAAAACAUACAACAAUGCAAAUACAACAGGAAAUCACUAUGCUAACGGAGCCACCUCGGGAAUGAGGAAAUUAAGCAGCAACUUGGGUAUUGCCACAAACACACCUCAGAACAAUGCUUUGAAGAGCCCGAUGGGCACUAAGGCAAAAUCAUUUACUAAUCUUACAGGUGGUGGCAACGGUUCGUAUGGCAUUUCUUCAGCUAAUCGAUUGUCAAUAGCAAAGCCGAGCUCACAGCCAUCGCUAUUGACGCAAACAUCAGGAAAUGUUGCGAAUUAUAAAGAGAAAAACGAUCGACCGCAACUAUCCUCACGACAAACAACGAUGAAAGCCUUACAAAAUGAUGUUGUGGAGAAAGACGGAAAAUCACAAUUCAAAGUUCCUCCUCCAGUUUCGAGUUUGCGAGCAGCAAACUCUCGUAGAACUGGAUUGGUGAGGCCAUCCUCCGGAUUUUAUGGACAGGCAGUUGUGAAAAGUGAUCCUGAUAUACAAAGUGGACGAUAUUCAUCGAAUAACAGCUUAUCGUCAACAAGUUCAAGAGGCAGUGUACAGGAUUGUCAGCAACCGGCCAAAUGUACUAAUGGCUAUAUACAUGAGAAAAGCACAAGUAACGAGGAAAUCCGUCAAUCAUUGAGCAACAAUGUACAGGCGGAGGAAGUGACGAGGGUUGUCAAAACGGGUAUACCAAAGCCGUCUGGAUUGAGACCUCCAUCGACCGUGCGAAAAAGUGGUCUUCCUCGUCCAUCGAGUAUUGUUCGGAGAUAACUGUGAAGCUAAAAUCCUGGAGACGACAUAUAACAACUUUCUUAGGAUUCAUCAUACAAUACCUUACAUAUAUCAUUUCUCACGUAUUUAUGCCUUAACCUAGUUCAUAUUCGUUUUAUUUGCAUUUCUUUUUAGAGGAUUGCCUUUUAACGCCUUAUAUUUUUAACAUUUUGCCUUUAUAUGAAAGAAAAAUGAUUUUCCAGUUUUACGUCUACAUCAUCAAAACAUGAUUUCUUAUCUACUAAUCUUAGUUGUCUAAUGAGCAUUUCAAAUGAUUUUAUUGUUAAAAUGCUACUGAGAAAAUUGUAUUGAUUACAUUAAAACCAUGAGAUACUUAGUGAUAGGUUGAUAAAGUAUUCAGUGGUGCCAAGAAUUUAGUUUCUAUCGAACUCUAGAUUUCGAUGGCGUAAUGAAGUUUCAAAGCUUCAGUCUAGGGCAAAAGGCGAUCAACUGCAAACCCUUAUCUCGCCCUUUGAUGUUAAAAGCUACGAACAUAGUCUAAUGUUUGAUCAAUAACAAAAGCGUAUGUGUUAUCAAGAACUGACGUUUAAAUCUAUUAUCAAUUCUUUAAUCGCUUUUAAAUAUGCAUACCGUUUAGUUGAGUUACUGGAGUAAUAGCGAAAACAGUUAGAAGCACAAUACAAUGUUAAUUUUGUUUAUUAGGUAACUAGCUAGAAGCAACGUGCGACUAAAUAAAGAGAAGGAAAGAAUAGAAGCGGUGCUAUGAUGUCAGGUAAUUGCUUAUAAAAAUAUUUGAAAGUAUACAAUCAAGAGAAAAUGCGACCUAUAUAAAUUCCAUAAAGAGAACAUUUAUGAUAUACGCAUUUUAUUUGAAUCUUUCCUUAGAUUAGGGAUUAUUUACAAUUGAAGUAAAUUGCUCACAAAGAAAUUCUUUUGUAUCCCCUUUAAAUUAUGUGAUAGCAGUUGUUCUUCACUUGCGUUAGAUUUUUCCAUUUCGCGUAUUAUGAAUCUGUUUCUACUUUUUAUAAGAAAUCAACUAUGGAAAACUAAAUAAUUUUUAGGAAAAUAGUGUAAAUAAAGAAUACUCUUUUUGACAGCAAAA